GCUCGCAACCCUUUCAGCAUCCGAGUUGCUCACGAGCGCGGCUAUACAGCCUCAAUCCGACGGUCUUCUACCUCGGUCGCUCGAUUCGACAAACUAUGGACAUGCCUUCACCUACCCAUGCUUGCUCAUCGUCUGGACGGUCAACCUAUUGUUCCAAUUUGGUCGCAUCCACACAUAGCCACAAAUCGUGGCCACAUGCCUUCUUUUUUUUGUUCGAUGACUCUAUCGGCGACAUCUCUGGCGCCCGGUCACUCGACAUCGGACUCAUCGUCGUCAACAUUGUACUCAUGCUCGACACUGGUGUUCUUCGCGGCUGUUGA